AUGGAGAGAACUGGGGCAGACGUGAGUAAAUCAGGCUGCAGCAGUCAUGGAGGUUCCACAGAGCUGUUGUCUGGUCCCAGCAGUCCUCCGCCUCGGACCCCUCGCAGCAGGACGUCCGGCCGCAGAGCCAGCUCUCUGUCCGACAGCGGAGACACAGGCUUCUACACCUACAGCUCCGACAGCGUGGAGGACGUCUCCUACGCCCAGAGAAGCUCCACUCUGCAGCCUCAGUCUCUGCUCGUCUCAGGCUUGUCCCCCGCGUCCCUCCGACCUCUGUCCAUGACCCGCUCCUACGACCAGCUCUCGGCUCAGCAACAAACCACAGCCCAAUGGUACAAGACCUGCCAGCAGCUGACCUCCUCCUCCUCCACCUCCUCCCCUUCCAGCACCAACAACCCCAAGAAGAACCAGGAACCCAUGAGGAAAAGCUCGUCUCUGAACAAGCUGUCGUCGUGGGCUGUUUACGACUCCACCCGCAGUAGUAGCAGCAGUAAAACCAGCGAUUUGCAAGGGUCUUUGGAUCGAAGCCUGCUCAAAAACUACAGAAAAGACACGGUCAAAAGCGACUUCUACCUUCCUCUGACUUCCCCGCUGAGAUGUAACAGCUCUCUCUUGCGUUCCCCCGGCUCUGGACCCUGUCACUACUACAAGCUGAGUAGAAAGUCAGAAUCGUCAGACCGGUCGUUGCGCAGGAGCACUUCUGCAUUCUCGUCUCCCAUCAAGCACAACCUGUUCACCGGGUUCUCCUCGCCGCAGGAGCCGUGCGAGCAGCCUCCCUUUGACCAUCCGCUGCAGCCCGAGGUGCGCACGCAGAUGUGGCUCAGCGAGCAGUUAGCCUACAAGCCCAAGUUUGAAGUGGGAAAGUUGGAGAAAUCUGGGAAUCUACCGUCAGAGAAUUAUGGAGACAAGAUCACGAGGCAGCAAGGAAUGUCCCCGCUUAAGUCAGGACUGAAGCAGAUGAUGAAGACCAGUCCGGGACCAGUUCCAGGUCUGGUGAAGUUCCAGGAGGGGCUGCUGCGACAGAGGGAGCAGGAGAUAGACUGGCAGAAGCAGCAGAUCGUGCAGCUUCAGGCCCGGAUCACAGAGAACGAGCUCAGGGUCCAGCAGGUCCAGCUGAGCCACCGCAGCAGACUGGACAACUCCUACAUCUACAACAAGGACAGAGUGGGGGUCCCGGGACAAAGCGCUCCCUCCGCUCUCUGUGAUAAAGACCUGAACCAGAAGCUUAGCGUCGCGGAAAUGGAACUGCUCCAUCUGAAGAAUGUGUUCAAGCAGGUGACGCAGAAGUACGCAGAGGACGUGUGCAAGAUGGACGACAAGAUCCAGACCCGAGACCGUUACAUCUGCAGCCUGAAGAAGAAGUGUGCGAGAGAGAGCGAGCAGAAGCAUGAGCGGCACCAGCGAGCAGAGACCCUGGAAUGUUACCUGUCGGACCUGCCCACGCUGACCGAGGCCCAGGGCCAGAACCAGCAGUUGAAAGAAGUGCAGCAGAAAGCCAAAGAGAUGGAGCAAAGAGUGUCGUGGUUAGAGAAGAGCCUGGAGGAAGGACAACAGCUGCUGAGAGAGAAGUACGUUCAGAUCCAGCAGCAGAACAGACGAGAGAGCGAACUCAUGGCCUCUGUCCACAGUCUGCAGCAGCAGGUGAGGACGUGUCUAGAGGACGCCGCUCGACGACCUGUGAGUGACCUGCGGGAACUACAGACCGAGAAGACCGAGCUGUUAGAGCAGCAGGACUGCAGCAGCAAGGUGACCGGUGAACAGAAGCAGCUGCUGGAGAAGAUGUCAGAACAGCUGAUGCAGAGAGAAGAGGAGUGUCCAGCUUCGUCCCCGUGGCCUGAAGUGGGCGCUCUUCUCCGGGACAUGUGUGUGUGUGUGAGGGACCUGCAGAACCUGGGCACCGUGCUGAGGCAGAGAUCACAGGGACAGGAGCCCAACCUCUCUGUGCUGCUGGGAAUCAAGACCCUGGGUCUGUCUGUGGAGGAGAGCGAGCCCUCGGAGCCAGAGCAGGAGCUGAAGCUGCAGGAGGUGACCCAGCUGAGGAGGGACAUCGAGGAGCUGAGGAGGAGCAUGGCCCCCCCCUCGGCCCUGCACUAA